CGUUUUCGCGCACUCGGAAUUCUGCGCAUCGACGGUGUCGAUGGACCCGGCGACAAUGGAGCGAUACGCCGAUUGGCUGGAUGACUUGGAGAAGUCCGAUCCAAAAGCGUACGCUCAGUUCAUCCAUGACAUGCAGGAGAAGAUGCAUGGAAAUGGGGACUUUGGUGCAUCGGCACCGCCUGCCAUGAAUCCGCGGGUGCCUGAUCAGCUCAAGUUUCCCGGAAACAAAGUCAUGGAGCGAGAUGGGAUACAGGAGCAGAAAGAGGGUAUGUAUGUCGACGUAACGCCGGGCUUUGUCAUGAAGACGACAGAACUGCAGUCCAAGACAAAGUUGUUUGUCAACAUUUGCUCAUCCGAGCACAUUCAGAUCUUCUCCAAGAAGAAGAAGCUCAAUGAACAAGGCGAAGAGCAAGAAGGGAUUCACGUCCCUUUGAGCUUGGGGCCUCCCCACGAAGUCGUUGAUCAUGCACAAAAGACUUGUUUGGCAAUCGAUGUCGCCGUGAACCCAGGGGUCUUGGACGACUGCAAGAGCGACCCGACCUUUCGCCACUUUGUAUGCGAAUUGGCGCUGCAAUACCUGGCCGAAAAGUACAAGUUUGCGUGCGACCCCCAGUAUAAACUUCCAAAACUCGCGUAUCGUGGCACGCUUCCGCCUCCGCGCCAUUACAUUCGCAAGACACAAACGCCAGUCAUCCAAGAAGUAGAUGUCCCUGCGAAGCCAAAGACUCCAACUCUGCCGAAAGAACUUCAGACGCCGUCGUUACGCUUGUUUGAACGCGUGUGUUCCUCGAAUGAGCGAGUAGAUUGCACCGUCGCUCCUGCAUGUGAAGGUGGUCCACUUGCCACUGUCGAACGCCUUGCUGCCUCACCCACCGCGUUGGUGGCCGUGAUCGAGUUCUCUGAUGACUCCGCUCUCGAACUUGACGCCAUCGAUAUCCAAUUGAACGCAGAGUGCAUGGUUAUUGCUACGACCGGCUACCACGACGUCGUGCGAUUUUUGCCAUAUCCCGUCCAAGUGGACGCUGCCAAAGCUACUCUGAUUGGAUCUGUCGUAACUCUUGACCUGCCAGUGGACAAAUCGUGGGUCCCUGCCACAGACCGGGCUGACACCGGAUCUGCACCAUGGCUGUUGGCCCAAGCUCUUGCCCAGGAUUCGCCCGCGGUACCUCCAAAACCCGCAGAGAGAUUUCACUUGGGCGAGUUCACGACGUCUCCAUCGGCAGAUGCUCUUCCUGUCAAAGAAGACGAAAUCUUGCCGGAAGAUCGAUUCCACCAACGCGACAUGAUGUCAAUGCAUAUCUUGGAUCAACGCCGCCGCGAGAAGGAUCAAAAGGCUGAGAAGGCCGCGAGAGAACACGCCAAGCGCAAGGCCGAAGUACAGCAAAAGAAAGAAGCGGCCAACGCAGCAGGCAAGACGUGGGCCGAAAUGUACCCGAACGAACCGGAAACGUCCUUUAUCGAUCUGAAUGAUCUCCUCAACGACAAGCCAGUCGACCCCCCGAUGGUCACGUCCGCGACAGCUGAAAAGGUGGCGAGUCAGUGGAAACAGCAGGCGGACGGGGUCACGCAGCUCAAGAGUUCCCUAGCAUUUGAAUUGCUCGACUAAUACACAGCUCCUCCUGUGGAAUAGGUUGGUAUGAAACAGCACGUGGCGUCACAAUGUAUACUAAACGAAUCACCCAAGGUACCAUCGCAAUGCGUCAUGCAGAUCAAUGGUAGAAGAAGGCGUAGCGACGCGAUUCCCCAUGCGCUUCGUAGCAUGCGAUUGCC